AUCCUCAACUAUAAAAGAGUUGGGAUUUGGACAUGAGAACAGUAAAAGAAAACUUCAGAUAACUUCUUCAGUGGAAUUGCGAGGCAUGAGCCACCAUAGCCAACCCGGCUGAAGGAGUAAUUCGGAUUCUGACGUCUUUCUUCUGUUCAACUGCCUCAAAGGCUGUGGAUUUAUAGACAUUUUGAAGACUUUGGACAAGGUUUCAGGAUUCUAACGGAUUACACAGCCGAGGGCAGAGGAAAGGGCGCGGUCCCCCCGGCCAGGGUGACAUGCUCCUGUCCCACCUCUACAAAAAAGAUUGCCAAAUUCAUCCAAGCUCAACUAUCGCAUCCAGGUUUUGCCCUUCAACAUUCCUAUCAAUUAUUAGGAUCUGACCAGUAUAGCUGAUAGCGUUUACAAGUCAAUCAUUUUAAGGGAGUUUUACAUUUUUAAUCAUUUUAUCAAGUUUUAUUCAAUAUCACAAAAUCAGAUACGUGUUUUUGAAAUCUAUUCAUUGAUCAAUAUUAUGCUCAAUCAUUAAGUUGUAUGCUUGCUCUUGCUCUAUUCUGCAAUAAAAUAUAUAAAUACUGCAUUUAAAGUACAAGCAGUAGACACUGAAUUAUUUCACUUUUUAAGGUUGUAAUUAAUUAGGUGUAGUGAGUUUGAACAUCUUCAAAGGUUCUUAUAGGUUGCUCUAGCCACUGAAAUUAAUUUACCCUUAGGGCCUAUUUUCCUGCCCGCUAAACAAUAUCCUAGCAACUAACCAAGUGCCCUGAUCAAUGAGGAGAGAGCUGUCGUGAACGGGCGUGGCUGGGGUGGUAUCUGGCUCUGGGGCUAUUCAGUCAGGUGCUGUUUCAGAGUAAGCAGGGUAGACGCUCGGAUGAAGACAGUUAGAAGCUAGCUAGUUAGCUUAAACAAUCCUCAGUCAUACCUAGAAGGGUAAUAUCCAUAGGUUUAAGAGGAUCGGACCCUUUAAACGGAGAGCUGGUCCAGUACCCUCUUGAACAGGGGAUUACCGGGAUCUAACAAGCCAUUAAAAAGGAGUUCCACAGUACUGCAGUAAACCCUUUUGAAAUAAAAGAUCAAGAAUUAUAAUUCUGUUAAUGAUGGUGCUGCAGCCUAAGAAUUGGAUUAGUAGGCCUGAUACUUUUUCCCAGCAGGAUUGCACCAAAACGAAAUAGAUUGUAGGUUCAGUGUGCAGUGGCCCAGAGUCUCCGUUGGCCGGCGAUGUAUUGUUUUUGUAAUAUUUAAUCUUAAAGCUCACCACUGCCCUGCUUACUCUGCAUUUCUGGGUCUGCCAUUUCCUGAAAGCUUAACUUCCUCUAACCGAACAAAAAUAAGUCUCUGGUCCAACAAUAGUUCCUCUUUUAGAGAUGGGUGAAUGCACGAAUAUGUUUUUACUUUACUUUACUUAAAGAUAAUUUUAUAAAGUUUAUCUGAAGGGUUUUAUAAUUCCAAUUCCUAAAUGAAUGCUGCAAUUUCAGUCAUAUUUUUUAAGUGGAACUUGUUGCUUAACAGUAACACAUGUAUUAGGAUGUGCAUCUGUCUUAGUGGUUUGUGCCACUUCCUGUUUUCAAGGAGUGACCAACUCAAAGACGGACAGUGAAAGUUUUUCAGUUGGUCAAGGUGUCUGCAGACGAUGUCGCUGCGCCACAUUUGAGCCUGAAUAUGAGAUAUAAAAGAAACGUCCAAGAGAGCAGCGGAGAGGAAGAGGAGAGUCAGGUGGGGAUCUUAGAGGAGGAAGAGCAUCACGCUGAUCUCGGGCCACAAAGAGCCGGACCACACACUCAAAACAAGCCUGCAGCCAACAACAGAAGGCGUCUCAAAGCUGCUGCAGUGACUCUGGGAGGGUUUUUUCUUCUGAUAUUGGCUGCACUCUUUAUUUACUUCACUUUGCUGCAGACCAGAUACGACCAACUGAGCAACAACUACAGUCAGUUACAGGAUGAAGUAAAGCAGCUGAAGAACAGAACUGAAGUCACUUUGCUGCAGACCAGAUACGACCAACUGAGCAACAACUACACUCAGUUACAGGAUGAUGUAAUGCAGCUGAAGAACAGAACUGAAGAUACAAUCUGUCCUGAUGGAUGGACGAGAUAUGGAUGCAGUUGUUACUUUAAAUCUAAAGAGAAGAAGAAGUGGGAGGACAGCAGAGAUGACUGUCAGCAGAGAGGAGCAUAUCUGGUCGUCAUUAACUCCAAAGAGGACCAGAAGUUUGUCACCGAGCUGAGUAAGGAUGGGGAGUCCUGGAUCGGUAUACUGAAUGAAAUGACACGAUGGAUCUGGCAUUGGGUGGACGGAUCAGUGCUGCCAAGAACGUACUGGCCAGAAUCCCAAGAUUAUGAUGGCCAGGUAUUUGAUUACUACGAUACCUGGCACGCUUCAACAUGCUGCGAUCAACAAGGAAAAUGGAUCAGAGUGCACGGUCGUGAUGAUUUAAAGAACUGGAUCUGUGAGAAAAAGAUCAACUGAACUCUGGGGGGGGGUAGUGUUGGGAUCAGCUUUGUUAAAUCAGACCAAUUCUCUAACAUGGCUCAGCUGUUUAUUCUGUGUUGCUAAGUAACCUGGAUUCCAGAGAUCUUGUUCCUCUCCCUUCAUAGAGCCCAAUCUGGUUAGAAGUCAUGUGUCCUGACUCUGUAGUCCUACAGGAUUAUUAGAAUAAAAGAUAAGAACUACAUGGAUUAGCAGCUGGUCUCUACCUUGGUUUAUGUAGUUGAUUAUAAUGUUUGGAGUCAGUUAGUUAGAAGUUGUUCCUUAGAACCCCCCCCCCCCCCCCCCCCCCACCUCCAUCUCCCUCCCAAACCUGUCCCCACCACCAAUUAAAUCAUGCUUAUUAUGUUUUAACGCUGCAUUGUAACCUUAACCUAACUAUUGUGUUUGUAUCUUUUUGUUAUUUGAGCCUGUUUUCCUUUCAUGAAAGUCUUUAAUUGCUCUUUAAUGUUUGAU